CCUCGAUUCCUUCCAUUGACCCAGUCUGUCCUUCUGUCCUUCUAUCCUUCUACAGUAAAACGUAGCUGCUUUUUUCCAUCCUUGACAAUGAUGAUGAUGGAUGGGAGGAUUAGAAGUGGAGUUCUUCGCUCGCGCUCGCGCUCGCCGCGUGCGCCAGGUGCGGAUAGACGGACGGCGGCGUUUUUCGUUCGAACGUUUUCUUGCCCAGUGUUCUCACUCACUCGACUGUGGGAAAUGCGUGGUGACGCGCGUGGCGCUUUUUGGGGAGGUAUGCCGAAAAAAGAUUGGUCUCGCCUUUGCUGUUAUGUGUGGGGCGGACAUAAUGCCAUACCUAUGCUGCGCUCUCCAUUCCCAUACCUUGGUCCGCUUAUGUGCGUCUGGGGUGCUAAGGGUGGGGUUUGCUGA